AACGGCGACAGACAGAAAACAACAACAAAACUUUUCUAACAGUGCUUUCGCGUUUUCGGUUGUGUGAAUCAUCUUUUCUCCGGUAAAAAGUGCAACUGUUCCCAAAAUCGAGCAUUUUCCGGUGUAUUUCUGUUGCAUCCCAGUGAAUGAUGGUGGAAUCCGUUGCGGACGACUGCAAAAACCCCGACGAUGGACCGCAGAACGUUUUGGACGCGUUCGACAGCCAGGAUAAGGCGAGAGUGCUGGAACUGAUUCAGCAGUUGAAGGGAACCGGAAUAACGGAAGAUCGGUUUGAGGAGGCUUACGAAGAGUACUCGGAGCUGCUGGCCAAGUAUCAGGAACAGCCCCAUUUGCUGGAUGGUAGUCUGGAGGAGCUGGUGGGAAUGAUUCUGGGGUAUAUCUUGGACGGGGAGGAGACUCAGCUGGUGAAACAUCGAGCGGCCAAGUAUUUGUAUCAGAUCAGUAAGGUGCGGACGUUUAAAGCGUUUUUGAAGUAUUUGCCCCACGAGAUUAGGCACCUGAGCUUCGUGUUGGGGUACCUCGAGCAACAGGACUUCGAGGACUGGAAGAACUGGGAAACGAGAUUCGUCUGCUUGCUGUGGCUUUCGAUUCUGGUGCUGAAUCCAUUCGAUUUGAGCAGAUUGGACAGUAAUGAAUGGGAGAAAAGUACCAUGGAAAGGAUUUACGAAGUUUGUAAGGCAAAUUGCCUGAAAGACGACAGCUGUACUCCGGUGGGAGCAUUCUUGACCUCGAAGUUUCUCAUUAGGAAUGACGUGAAGAAGGUCUAUUUGGGAGAGUUCCUAGAUUGGGCGACCUCCUGUGCGGACAUAAUCGAGGAUCCCAAGAUUGGUCCCUUGGCAGGAGUGGCCUGCGUUCUGAAGCAUGGAAAGCGAGAGGAUCUUCUUCCGUAUGUCGAGAAACUCGCAGAAUGGGUGCUCCACUUAGAUUACGACAAAAUCUACAAAAAUUUCAAAGUCUACAAAAUCUGCAUAAAAAUUAGUCAGAGAAUCGGAUUGGUCCUGCUGCCCCCCAGAAUAGCCAAGUGGCGAUAUCAGCGAGGAGCUCGAUCGCUGCUGGCUAACGUUCAGAAAACCGUUACAACUGCUUCGCUGCAAUCAGAAGCGCCAAAACCGGACGAAUCUUCGCCGGAUGAAGCCGAAGAUGAGGACGACGACGAAGUUCCGGCGGAAAUCGAAGAAAUCAUCGAGAAACUCCUCUCCGGAUUGAAGAGCAACUCGACGAUCGUGCGCUGGAGCUCGGCCAAAGGUAUUGGCCGCAUCACGAAUCGCCUCCCGAAGGCAUUAGGUGACGAGGUUGUUUCCUCAGUCAUCGAACUCAUUAACCCUCUGGAGCAGGACGAUGCCUGGCAUGGGGCUUGCCUGGCGCUGGCUGAACUGGCCAAACGAGGACUUCUUCUUCCGGCACGUCUCCCGGAAAUCGUCCCCCUGCUGUUGCAAGCGCUGGUUUACGACGAAAUCCAGGGCUACCGGAACGUUGGCCAGAAUAUUCGCGAUGCUGCUUGCUACAUGAGUUGGGCCUUUGCCCGAGCUUACCAUCCAGCGAUUCUGCAACCGUUUGUGGAGCGAAUCGCGUCUGCUUUGUUAGUAACGGCCGUUUUCGACAGGGAAAUCAACUGUCGGCGAGCGGCAUCGGCCGCUUUUCAAGAAAGUGUUGGACGGCUGGGGAACUUUCCCCAUGGGAUCGAUAUCCUGACGAUGGCGGAUUUCUUCUCGGUUGCGGUGAGGAGCAAUGCCUUCCUGCAGAUCAGCGAUUUCAUCGCCCAGUUUGAGGAAUAUCGACGGAAGUUGAUAGACCAUUUAAUCGCGAAGAAGAUCAACCACUGGGAUACCAACAUCCGAGAACUAUCCGCCCAGGCCCUAAGCAAUCUGGCCAAGCGUGAUCCGGUCUAUAUGAGGGAUGUAAUUCUCCCCAAACUGUUCGAUCUAACUGAAACGACGGAUCUGAAUGCCCGUCACGGAGCUACGCUGGCCAUCGGUGAGAUUAUUCUGUCGCUCAAUCGAUUGCAAGAUGACCAACGACGAGAGGGGAGCGAAACUUUGAUUUCACCUCCGGUGAUCGAACGAGCCGGGCAGCUGGUGAUUAAGUUUCGACAGCGAGGGCAGUUCAAGGGGAUGAGUGGCACCUACAUGAAGCAUGGCUGCGCAAGUUUUAUCAGAAACUGUAGCGAGGCGGAACUGCCGCUGACGCCGGAACAGAUUGAAUCAUGGCAGUUCCUGUUGGAUGAGUCGAUCAUAGACGAAAAGACAACCACUCGUGAGCUAGCCAUCUGCGCCUUCUCCUCGUUCUGUUCCACAUACUACCGCAAUGAGGACCCGGCCAAACUCGUCUCUCUAAUCGAUAACUAUCUGAAGGAUCUGCGGGACACCCAAAUGGAGCACAAAUCCCAGGGCAUUGCAGCCGCCCUCGGAUCCUUACCGAAAUUUAUGCUUCUGCUGCGAUUGAAGGAAAUCCUCGGAACAAUCGACGACAGAACCGUCCUGCCGGAGAUGUUCGCCGUUGGGUACAAUCAUUCCGAAAUGAGGCGCGAUUGCAUCAAGGGUUUGGCGAAUAUUGUACAGACGGUGGGCUUCGAGAGUGGUGCGUUGGAUUUGGACAAGGUUUACAGCAUCUAUUUGAGAGCCCUGGAGGAGUACGCAAUUGAUAACCGUGGGGAUAUCGGAUCGUGGGUUCGUGAAGCAGGAGUCAAUGCUCUGUUCCAAUUUUUAACAACGUGUCCUCCGAACCUGCUGAAACCGGAACAAGUCCAGAGGGCUUUGGUUGCAAUUGCCAAGCAAUCCGUGGAGCGAAUCGACAAAAUACGUGCUGUGGCCGGAAAGAUAUUCGUCUCUUUGAUCUACCACGAUCCGGAAAUUCCACACAUCAAUCACAGGGAAGAACUCAAAGCAAUCUUUCCUCGGGAUACCACGGAAAUUUUGUGGCUGUUCCCGCACCAUACAUUCCCGCUGUUGAUCCAGCUCCUAAACUUCCCAGAAUAUUUAACCAGCAUAGCUGGAGGACUGAUUCUAUCGGUAGGCGCUCCAACGGAGUCCCUUCACAGCUGUGCUUCGAAAGUGAUGAACGAAUAUCUCAAAACCCAUCAAUCGCUUGUCCCCCAAUUCGGAGCCACGGUUCAGAAGAUCCUUCAGGAGAAAUCAACUAAGGACCCUCUCGUCAUGUCGUCAACCUUCCAGUUCAUCUCGGAACUCCUUUCCUCUUCCACGAACUCGUCCAUACUACUCGCGGAUGACCCAUCCUCCGAAUUCCCGGAAGCCAUCUUCGCGUUGAUGAACGAUCUCAUAGCGCACAGCAAGAAGCACCUGAACUCCAUUCCGGCUUACUGUGCGCUCAUUUUGGCCCCGCGGAUUUGCAAGCGUGUCCUCAGCAAGCUGGUAAUGUACUUGGGCAUGCUGUGCGUCAACAUUCGGCGCGAAACGGCCCUGAAGAUGUACGAGACGCUGCUGGUCUACGGGGACCAGACGUGCAUUCCGGAGGAUAAUCUGGACGAGGUGUUGGCCUGUCUGAGCGAGGAGAAGUGGGAUGGAGAGCUGGAGGAGGCCCGGAGGAUUCGCAACCAGCUGUGUGUGCUGAUGGGGAUCAAACCACCGGUGGCACGAGUGAAGAAGUAAAGUGGGGCGGAUGUCGAUGGAACGUUAUCAUUUGCACAAUGCAUUUAGGUAUUUAUUAACAAUUGAUUUAAUGCUUCUAAAACCUAUUAGGUAAAUGUUUUCUGUACGGAAAGCGCCUUUCGACACCCAGUGAUGAUGCAUGCUUGAAUGAAAUAUAACCACGCCUAAACA